UCACAGCCGCUGAGCCGCAGAAGCGGGCAGAUGUCGGGCUGCCCACGUGUAGUGCUGGGCUCACGGGAGAAGGGACUGCGUCGCCUUUCCUCCGAGUCCCCUAAACACUACCCCCUGCACCCCAGGAUCCUCAGGCAGGGUGGUGUCGGCUCCUCUUCUGUCCCACCACCCAGGAGCCUCUGGCUCAGGGGACACACUCGGUGCCGGUGGAUCCGGCGAGUCUCCCUUCUUCGAUGCCCGCUCGGCGAGGCCUACAAGGCCGUGGCAGCAGCCGCAGGGAGGGGCCGAGCCCGUGGAGAAGAGCUGAGGUGAGGCGGGACUGCUGCUUCUCUGCCGAGACACACACAGCCCUCAAACUGCCGUGAGUCCGCCUGCCAGCGAGUGACUCAGGCUCCUGGCUUGUGGGGCAGACAGGUCUGUGGGGUGACAUCACCAGGGCCCAGGGAACUCAACCGCCCAGGCUGGCUCCCUGUCCGUUCUGGAAGUGGGACUCGGGGCACACGUCUUCCCCCUCCUCAUGUGUCACCUGCCGAACGUGGGGAGAGGCGGCAGUGGGCCGGACUGUCUGGCCAUCAGCAUCAGCAAAGCCAUCAACACCCAGGAGGUCCCUGUGAAGGAGAAGCAUGCCCGUCGCAUCAUUCUGGGCACUCAUCACGAGAAAGGGGCCUUUACUUUCUGGUCCUAUGCCAUCGGUCUGCCACUUCCCAGCAGCUCCAUCCUCAGCUGGAAGUUCUGCCAUGUCCUCCACAAGGUCCUUCGAGAUGGGCACCCCAAUGUGCUGCACGACUGCCAGCGCUAUUGGAGCAACAUUCGGGAGGUUGGAGAUCUGUGGGGCCACCUGCACGACCGGUACGGGCAGCUGGUGAGCGUUUACACCAAGCUCUUGCUGACCAAGGUCUCCUUCCACCUCAAGCACCCCCAGUUUCCCGCGGGCCUAGAGGUGACAGACGAGGUGCUGGAGAAGGCAGCUGGGACUGACGUCAACAACAUCUUCCAGCUCACCGUGGAGAUGUUCGAUUACAUGGACUGUGAGCUGAAGCUCUCUGAGUCAGUUUUCCGGCAGCUCAACACAGCCAUCGCUGUGUCCCAGAUGUCUUCAGGCCAGUGUCGCCUGGCGCCCCUAAUCCAGGUCAUCCAGGACUGCAGCCACCUCUACCACUACACGGUCAAGCUCAUGUUCAAGCUGCACUCCUGUCUCCCGGCGGACACCCUGCAAGGCCACAGGGACCGGUUCCACGAGCAGUUUCACAGCCUCAGGAACUUCUUCCGCCGAGCCUCGGAUAUGCUCUACUUCAAGCGGCUCAUCCAGAUCCCCCGACUGCCCGAGGGGCCUCCCAAUUUCCUGCGGGCCUCAGCGCUGGCCGAGCACAUCAAGCCGGUGGUGGUGAUCCCUGAGGAGACCGCCGAGGACGAGGAGCCGGAAAACCUCAUCGAGAUCGGCACGGGCCCCCCCGCCGGGGAGCCAACGGUGGUGGCCGACCUCUUUGAACAGACGUUUGGACCCCCCAACGGCUCCAUGAAGGACGACAGGGACCUACAGAUCGAGACCUUGAAGAGAGAGGUGGAGACGCUGCGUGCUGAGCUGGAGAAGAUCAAGCUGGAGGCCCAGCGGUACAUCACCCAGCUGAAGGGCCAGGUGAACUCGCUGGAGGCCGAGCUGGAGGAGCAGCGGAAGCAGAAGCAGAAGGCGCUGGUGGACAAUGAGCAGCUCCGCCACGAGCUGGCCCAGCUGCGGGCCGCCCAGCAGGAGGGCGAGCGGAAGCAGGGCCUGCGGGAGGCGGAGGCCGAGAAGAAGGCCAGUGCCACGGAGGCUCGCUACAGCAAGCUGAAGGAGCAGCACAGCAAGCUCGUGGCCACGCACGCCGAGCUGCUCAGGAAGAACGCAGACACGGCCAGGCAGCUGACGGCCAAGCAGCAGAGCCAGGAGGAGGUGUCGCGGGUGAAGGAGCAGCUGGCCUUCCAGAUGGAGCAGGCCAAACGGGAGUCGGAGAUGAAGCUGGAAGAGCAGAGCGACCAGCUAGACAAGCUCAGGAGGGAGCUGGAGGCCAAGGCUGGAGAGCUGGUGCGCGUGCGGGAGGCCCUGAGCCACACGGAGCAGAGCGGCUCAGAGCUGAGCUCGAGGCUGGACUCGCUCAGAGCAGAGAAGGACGCACUGAGCAGCACCGUGCGGCAGCGGGAGGCCGACCUGCAGGCGGCCCGGAGCCUGGUGCGGGAGAAGGAGGCGGCGCUGAGCCAGGAGCAGCAGCGCAGCUCCCGGGAGAGGGACGCGCUGCAGGGGCGGCUGGCGGACAAGGAGUCUCAGGAGCAGGGGCUGCGGCAGAGGCUCCUGGACGAGCAGUUCGCCGUGCUCCGGCGCACCGCGGCCGAGGCUGAGCGCAUCCUGCAGGACGCCGUGGGCAAGCUGGACGACCCCCUGCACCUGCGCUGCACCAGCUCCCCAGACUACCUGGUGAGCAGGGCCCAGGCGGCCCUGGACGCUGUGAGUGCCUUGGAAAAGGGCCAUGCCCAGUACCUGACCUCCAGGUCAGACGCCUCUGCCCUGGUGGCAGCCCUGACACACUUCUCCCAUCUGGCUGCGGACACCAUCGUCAACGGUGGUGCCACCUCCCACCUGGCCCCCACUGACCCUGCUGACCGCCUGGUCAACGCCUGCAGGGAGUGUGGGGCGCAGGCACUGGAGCUCAUGGGGCGACUGCAGGAUCCACAGGCUCUGCUGCAGGCCCAGCCCGGCCUGGUGCGGCCCCCACUGCAGGGCAUCCUUCAGCUGGGCCAGGAACUGAAGCCCAAGAGUCUGGAUGUGCGUCAGGAGGAGCUCGGCGCCAUGGUGGACAAGGAGAUGGCAGCCACGUCUGCAGCCAUCGAGGACGCUGUACGGAGGAUCGAGGACAUGAUGAACCAGGCCCGCCACGCCAGCUCCGGGGUGAAACUGGAGGUGAACGAGAGGAUCCUCAACUCCUGCACAGACCUGAUGAAGGCCAUUCGGCUCCUGGUGACAACAUCCACCAGCCUGCAGAAGGAGAUCGUGGAGAGUGGCAGGGGGGCAGCCACGCAGAAGGAAUUUUACGCCAAGAACUCACGCUGGACAGAAGGCCUCAUCUCUGCCUCCAAGGCUGUGGGCUGGGGAGCCACGCAGCUGGUGGAGUCGGCUGACAAGGUGGUGCUUCACACAGGCAAGUACGAGGAGCUUAUUGUCUGCUCCCACGAGAUCGCAGCCAGCACGGCCCAGCUGGUGGCAGCCUCCAAGGUGAAGGCCGACAAGCACAGCCCCAACCUGAGCCGCCUGCAGGAGUGUUCCCGCACGGUCAACGAGAUGGCUGCCAACGUGGUGGCCUCCACGAAGUCCGGCCAGGAGCAGAUCGAAGAAAGAGACACCAUGGACUUCUCCGGCCUGUCCCUCAUUAAGCUGAAGAAGCAGGAAAUGGAGACCCAGGUCCGAGUCCUGGAGCUGGAGAAGACCCUGGAGGCGGAGCGUGUGCGUCUCGGGGAGCUGCGGAAGCAGCACUAUGUGCUGGCUGGGGUGGUGGGGACGCCCGGCCAGGAGGAGCCUGCCCAGCCCAGCGCUGUCCUCCGAAGCGGGACCUCCAAGAAGCCACCUCUGGCCCAGAAGCCCAGCCUGGCCCCUAAGCAGGACCACCAGCUGGACAAAAAGGAUGGUGUCUGCCCGACUCAGCUCGUGAACUCCUAGGCUCUGCAGGGUCCAGCGGGAGGCUGGUUGGCAGGACUGGGUCUCACGUGGCUACCUUGACUUGGCCGAGGCUCCGAGGGGCACUGUCCCCAGCAGAAGGCAUCAGCCCCCAUGCCAGGUGCCCAGGCCCCUGCCCCAUGGCUUGGAUCAGUGUCCCCGAGGCCUGGCCUUGCUAAGCCCACGGGACCUGGACUGACGGGGCAGUUCUGGAUGUGUUUAUCUGCAAAAGGAACUUCCGAGAGCAGCCAGGAUCCAGCGGCCUGCGCCACAAUUCAGAAAAUACACGGCACAUUUGUAAUGUUCCACGUCAGAGCUUUUCUUUGUGAGUUUGUAUUUGGCACACAGGGAAGCAGGGCCAUGGGGGUGUUUGGCCAGGGCCUCCCCUGCCGUUUGGACGUGGGGAUCUGAGGUGAGACGAACAGAGCUGUCGGGGACAUGCGUGAAUUGGCCGCUGGGUGUGUGGUCUUCGGGGGCACUGGUGCCCUGGCCCCAGGACCUGGUGUGGCUUUAGGCAAAGCAAGAUGUUCUAGGGUGGGCUGGAGUGUUCUCGUUCUCCUGGGGCCUUGCUCUGUGGCACUGGUGAUGGGCACACUGAGGAGGACACGGCCCUUGUCUGGGGGGAGGCGGGCGGGGCGGACGCUGUGGCCGAGGGCCCGGCACCUGCCAAGCACAGGUGCUGCCUUCGCUCCAGGAGUCUGUUCCAGGUGAAGUCAGCGGUUGACUGCCCACUUCCUGUUUUCCAUACCUGUCUGGCUGCCCUUGACCUGGGGGUCCAGCUCUGGCUGCUGCCCCCUCCCUCCCCCUCCUGUCUUGGGGUGAUUCUAGCUCAGCCAGAAAGAGCCCAGGGCCCAGCUUGGCCCGCCUUGUCUCAUCUGGAGGACAUGAAAGAACCUGCACUCCUGCCCACCCCCCACCCCCGGGAGUGGCUGCGGUCGUCGGGGGCACCGACCGGGUGGGCCAGCUCUGCUGCUUAGAGUGUAGUGUUUUCUCCUGUUGAAGACUUGGACUGGCAAUAAAAUGUGCUUUGACUGUUA